UCUCUCUACUGUAUUCGUGCCUUUGUGCACCAUACGACGCGACCCUGAUGGCCUCCUAACAUUUACACCUUUAAUACACACACACACACACUCUUCUGUCCGGAGAAACGAUGGGUUUCGCGGGUCUCGCCGUGGAGGUGCUCAGCGGUGCUUCCUGCCGAGCCAGGCCGAGGUUAGGCACCCUGUUUUCGGCCCCGAUUAUCACAACAGUGCCGCUGAGGUUCCGAUCCACGUCCUCCAUGCAGGGUUACUCGGAGAUGGCGAGGGAAAGAUCCAAGACCGUCACCUCGUUCUACAACCAGUCCGCCAUUGACGUGUCCGCGGAGAAGGCCUCGAUUCGGCUGACUCUCGCCACCCUGCUGUAUUCUGGGAAAUCUCCUGAUGGACACCACGUUCUGAGCAGUGCCAAGUAUCUUCAUAAGGAGCUUCCUGUAAGAAUCGCCCAUCGCAUAAAGGGCUUCCGCAGUCUGCCCUUCAUCAUCGGCUGCAACCCCACCAUCCUGCAAGUGCAUGAACUUUACAUCAGAGCGUACCACAUGCUCAUUGACUUUCCCACGAUCGGGGACCAGGAGGUGGAGGCUCGGUUCUGUAAGCUGGUGCAGGCGCUGCUGGACGACCACAAAGACGUGGUGACCAUGCUGGCUGAGGGCUUCAGGGAGUGCCGGCGCCACGUCCAGGAUGAGAUGAUCCUGCGUAACUUCCUGGACACGACGCUCUGCUCCCGGCUGGGGAUCCGCAUGCUGGCCACGCACCACCUCGCUCUGCACGAAGAAAACACUGAUUUCGUGGGGAUGAUCUGCAGACGCCUCUCUCCUAAAAAGAUCGUGGAGAAGUGGGUCGACUUCGCCAGGCGUCUGUGUGAGCAUCAGUACGGGAACUCUCCUCGCGUUCGGAUCAACGGACACGUCGCCGCUCGAUUCCCCUUCAUCCCUCUGCCUCUGGACUACAUCCUGCCAGAGCUGCUGAAGAACGCUAUGAGGGCCACGAUGGAGAGCCACCUGGACACACCGUACAACGUUCCUGACGUGGUCGUCACCAUCGCCAACAACGACAUCGACUUCGUCAUCAGGAUCUCAGACCGUGGGGGGGGGAUCCCUCACAGCAUCAUAGACAAGGUGAUGGAUUACCACUUCAGCACGGCAGAGGAGAGCGCUCAGGAGCUCAGCAACAACAACCUGUUCAACAACAUCACUAACAGUGGGAACCAGAGCAGCCCCAUGCACGGUUUUGGCUUCGGCCUCCCGACCUCCCGAGCGUACGCAGAGUAUCUGGGCGGCUCUCUCUCCCUCCAGUCCAUGCAGGGCAUCGGCACCGACGUGUACCUGCGCCUGCGCCACAUCGACGGGAAGGGCGAGAGCUACAGGGUCUAGAAACCCUCAGAGGAUCCUCCAUCUCUCUCUGGCCUUAGACUGAUUAUAAGCUAUGUUAGCUCUCUCGUGUUGUCUCUGUGAAGUGUUGAAUGUUAGGGGAGGAAUACACUGAGCAUGUAGAAGAAGGAAGGAAGAGCUUCAGUUUUACAGAAGUUCACUGAACGCCUCACACACUCAGCUACACACACACGGUUUAUUAAAACAUCCUACCGUUCAUUAUCAGCAUUACAAUCGUCCAUCUCCCCCGACAGCAGCUCAUAAACCUCAAACUGUAUUCUCUGAUUUAAGCUCAGAAAUAAAAACUCCUGAAGCUCAAUACUUUUACUGAAGUAUCUUUAAGGGUCUCUACCUGAGUAUUUCUACUGAAUGCUACGUUAUACUCCAGGGAAAUCCUUUAACAUAAAGCAUCGCUAAAGUGUAAACCAGUGGAGUAACUAUUAGAGGUAGAAAUACUACAAAAAAACGGAAUAAUUACCAAUAUUUUCUGCAGAAUCAGUACAUUUACUUCAGUGCGAUUUAAAAUCCAGUUAUCGUAUUUGUAGUGGAGUAUUCUGACAUUAAUGUACGAGUACUUUUACUGAAGUAUCACUAAGAGUCUAUUCUACCUGAUUAUUUCUACCUAAUGCUACGUUAUACUCCAGAGAAAUCAUUUAAAAUAAAGCAUCGCUAAAGAUUAAACCAGUGGAGUAACUCUUAGAGGUCAAAAUACUACAAAAUACUACAAAAAACAGGAAUAAUUACCCAAUAUCGUGAUAUAUUUAAUAAUACAUCACAUAUUACUUCAGUGUGAUUCAAAAUCCAGUUAUUGUACUUGUCGUGGAGUAUUCUCACAUUAAUGUAGGAAUACUUUUAGUUCAGUAAUCUGAAUACUUUCCUUGUUUUGCAGUAUUUUUUGCAGUUUUCCAGCUCUUUGCCUUCUCGUUGCCUUUUAGGUCUCACUCAGCUUCACUCGUUAAUAAUAUAUUUCUUUUUGCACAUUGAGUAUAUUUCAGCCCUUGCACGGAUCAUUCGAACACCUUCAGAGUAACAGUCUACCACCGAAGUAUUGUCUAAUAUCCUUUUUAUUAUUUAGAAAGUGUGUUUAUGUUAAGUUUGCUGUUUUCUUUGUUUGUAUAAAGUCACAUUUCAAUGCGCUGUAACUGUAAGGUCCAUUGUUUUCAGAUCACAACCGGAUUACGUCGUUUUUUUUGUGUGAUUUUGCCCCUUUUUUCUGCCUUUUCAGACAUGUUCUGCGUUAAUACCUGUGGACCACUGCCUCCUUCUGUAGUCAUUUGCAGUUUUUUUUAUUUGUUUUUGGAGUUUCUUGUCACCAUUUAUCGUACAAAUUGUGAAAACGUGUUAUUAUAGAUUAAAAAAAAGCUGUGAAAGUUGAUUUAAAACACAUCUUGACUCCAAACAUCUUAAAAAAGACCCUUAAAGUUUUUUAUUUUGAAGCAUUUUGCAUCACUAAUUUCAGCAAAUUAACGACUUUUUGGUGUUUUUUUCCCCUCGUUACGUCGCCUAAAACAUCUCCUUCUUCAUCCAACUUGGUUAAAGUAGACGUAUCGCUGAUGGCCACAAACACACCAUUUAUUUCAAACUUUAAAAAAAAGUCUAACCGCUGUUAAGAUUGUCCAAAAAAACAUAAAAUAUGCACCCGGAAAUUAUUUGCAAAGCCUGUCCUUUCCUGAGUUUCCCAAGCACUCCAUGUUUUGUUGAACAUUCCCCACCAGCCGUUAAGCAUCGAUCCUCACAAGUUAUUAUAUUUUAGAAAACAUUGAGUUAACAGGAGGGAAAAUGUAUGAAUUGUGUAAAUCAGACGUGUUUUUUACAACUUUAAGAGAGUUUAAGUAGUGAUAUUUGAUUAUAUGAUACUCCAUUUUUAUUUCUAAAGCUGUAUCUUUAAAGCUUCUCAUACAUUGUGUAAUUUACGUUGGGUUUUUUGUGUCUUUAAAAAACGAAAAAUAAUAUAAAAAUCUGAUUUUCUUAACAAUGAAAUAACUGGUUAACUUCAGAUUUGCUCACACAUGUGAACCAAUGAUUUUCAUGUUAAAAUACAGUGCAGGGCUCAUUUAUUUUGACGUCACAUUGAUCUAAAGCGUCCGUACCUGCAGAGUUUAUGAAUUUGUGUUUAUUGAUGAAGGUUUUUGAAGACGUAGUGUAUUAAAGUAUGUAGUUUGUGCAUGUGAAGCAAAGAUAAUAAAGAUUAAUUGAUCGUGCCCCUUCUUUAUGUGGGGUUGUAGCAUGAACUGAGUGCAGUCUGCCCCCUGCUGGCCUGAAAGUACAGUGCAGGCAGACAGAAAUAUAUUAUCUAGGAGGGGGGGGGGGGGGGGGAUAUGAAGUGCAUCUUUUAGGGGGGUUUUCACGGGAUGUACGAUGUGUAAUUUCUAUUUUCCAGUGUCUGAUUUUGUAAUUUUUUCAGGUAGAAAUGAGAACAGAAAUGAUUUCGAUGGUUUGUCUCGUCGACUGAAACCAGUUUGUUUUCUGUAGACAUUAAACUUUACUUGGUUUGAACUUUAA